AUGGCUUCAAACUUCAAAGUAACUAGUGAUAACAAUUUGAAAGAAGCUGCACCAGAUGGAGAUUUAAACCUUCUGUACACAUUAAUUGAGGAGGAUCCACAAGUUUUGGAACACGAAGAUUCAAUACCAUUUGUUGAGACACCUUUGCAUACUGCUGCAUUAUUUGGUAAUGUAGGGUUCGCCACUGAGAUAAUGAGGCUGAAACCUUCAUUUGCUUGGAAGCUAAAUCAACAAGGAUUCACACCUAUCCACCUUGCUAUGCAACACAACCAUAAGAAAAUGGUGCUUCGCUUUGUGAACGUUAACAAAGAAUUGGUUCGAGCGAAAGGGAGGGAAGGUUUCACCCCGUUGCAUUUUGCUAGUCAGAUUGGAGAAAUUGAUCUUCUGGCUAACUUCCUCAUGGCUUGUCCUGAUUCCAUUGAAGAUGUGAGCGUUAGAUGUGAAACUGCACUUCAUGUUGCAGUAAAAUAUCAACAGUAUGAGGCUCUUCUAGUCUUGGUUGGAUGGCUGAAGAGAACAUGUCAUACGAGCGCCAUGGAGAUAGAAGAAACAAUAUUGAACUGGAAGGAUGAAUCAGGAAACACCAUUCUGCAUGUUUCAGCCCUCAACAAUGACUCAAAGGCACUGCGAUUGUUGGUGAAGACUAAGAUUGAUUUGAAGGCCAAGAAUUUGGAAAACUCAACAGCACUAGACAUGGUCCAGAGACAAAGCAAGUUUGCUGCUCUCAUUGCAACUGCUACCUAUCAAUCGGCACUAAGUCCCCCUGGUGGAGUUUAUCAGGCUAAUGCAGAAAAGAAUGUCAAUACAGCUGGGAGUUCUGUCAUGACUGAAUGUGAUUUCUUGACCUUAUCGAUUUCCAAUUCACUAUCUCUUAUGCUUUCAACAGCCACAAUCUAUAUUUUGACGCCAAGUGGGAUAGUGGGUAAUGUUUUGUUCAUACCAAUGUUUUGGUUUGCCUACUGUUAUCUCUAUUCUAUGAAGGUGAUAUCCCCCACUGGUGCUAGCUCAAUUGUGAAUUUGUUUAUGCUGUGUUUAUUCGUCUUCUUGCCCUCCGGAGUAAGGUGGGCAUUUUCCAAAGCUUACAAGAGACUUAAGCGUCGGGAGAACAGGGAAAUCGAAACAAGGGAUGGUACUUCAGGAAGAAACCUAUGUUAG